AUGGCUUCGUCUACUAAGUCGGCCCCCCAAAUCACCGUCUUCCGGGGCUUGCAUGAUGUAGGCUAUACCUGGUCUCCAUUUGUGACCAAGCUCGAGGCCCGGUUACGGUUUGGAAAUAUUGCAUACCGCGUCGAGACAGGAUCUGUGACCAAAGCCCCGCGACACAAAAUACCAUACGUGUCCAUAAAACAUGCAGACGGCCGGACGGAGGUUAUGUCGGACUCGACUCUCAUUGCUAAAGCAUUGGUUGAAUCGGGGACUUUGGAGGAUCUGAAAGAAAACCUCUCGCCUGCCGAGGAGCUGAACGAGAUCAGCUUGAAAGCCUUGUUCGAGGAGAAGCUCUAUUUCUACCAGUCUCACGAAAGAUGGGUGCUGAACUAUUACACCAUGAGAUCCAAGAUCUUGGGUUCUCUGUCGUGGCCGCUCCAGGUGAUUGUGGGAAACAUACUGUACACCAAAAUCACGCGCACCCUGACAGGCAUGGGAAUCCUGAGUUUCAGCCCAGAUGAAAUUCGCGAGUUCCGUCGGGAAAUCUGGGAGACAACGGCAAACCAAUUGGUGGCAGCCCGCGCCCAAAGCCGGGGUCGUGAAGGCCCCUUUUGGCUUUGGGGUGGCGACACUCCCACCGAAGCCGACACCGUCCUGUUUGGGUUCAUAAUUUCUGGUCUGGUGUGCACUGCGGGCUUGGUUUCUAGACAGGAUAUCAAAAGCUAUCCUGUUCUUGUUGAUUACGCGCGAAGAAUCCAUGAUCAUUACUUCCCCGACUACGAACUUUGGGAAUAA